CUCUGUACCAGGUGGAGGUAACUCUGCACCAGGUGGAGGUAACUCUGUACCAGGUGAAGGGAACUCUGUACCAGGUGGAGGUAACUCUUUCCCACCAGGUGGAGGUAACUCUGUACCAGGUGGAGGUAACUCUGUACCAGGUGGAGGUAACUCUGUCCCACCAGGUGGAGGUAACUCUGUACCAGGUGGAAACAACUCUAAAUUAGAGCCUCUAAUAAUUCUCCACUGGUUAGUCUAUUAUUCUCUUUUCCUACCUACACCACCCGACCUGUCCAUGAGACCUACCCUGUCUAACACAACACACCCCAUCUAACAGCACCUAGCCCUGUAUAACUAGCACCCACCUCUG